CUGGACUGGGCUGUUUUUUAGACUAUCUCGAACUCUGCUAGGAUUAGUUUGGGUCUGGAGUCUGAAGGAAACGCGUCGUUAUCGGGAGCGCGAGUCCUCGCAUCACAGGAGCGGUGAGGCAUAGCUUCAGCAGCGGGCGCGGAAUGCUCAGCGACUGACCAGACGCUGUUUGUCUUUAUUUGACAUCUUCUUUGGCGACGACAGAGCAAAAGAAACUGAGGACAUCUGCCUCGGUGGAUAUCUGAUAUGGCGGGUUCAAGCACGCUCGAUGUGUUUGUGGGAAUUGUUCUAGUUUUACACGCUUUGGGAAGUGUUUUCCAGAUCACCAGAGGAGAAUUAACGGCGGAAGGAGCUGCUUAUUCAAUUCUUCAGGGAUGGUCACAGGAUGAUGAUGUCACUGUGGAGCUGUUGAGGAGGAGACGCUGGCUUCUCCUGGAGCCCCUUCCAAUGGAAAGUAACAAAGCCAGUCAAGACAGUUUGAAGCCUGAGUCUCAGGAUUCACCUGGUAUACUGGCUGAUGAAGACGCAGACAACAGCUCCCAAAUAAUGGAGGACACAGAUCAUAACUACUACACCUCAAAGACUUAUGGCCCCAGUGACCCUAUGAGCAAAGAAUUAUGGGUAAAUAUCGAUCAGAUGGACAAGGAGAAGGUGAAGAUUCAUGGCAUCCUGUCCAAUACACACCGACAAGCAGCGCGGGUCAAUCUCUCCUUUGAUUUUCCAUUUUAUGGGCAUUUGUUGCGAGAGAUCACUGUUGCAACCGGUGGGUUCAUCUACACAGGAGAUGUGGUUCACCGAAUGUUGACAGCAACACAAUAUAUCGCUCCACUUAUGGCAAACUUUGACCCCAGCCUCUCCAGAAAUUCAACUGUCAUCUAUUUUGACAAUGGAACUGCUUUGGUUGUCCAGUGGGAUCACGUCCAUCUUCAGGAUUCUUAUAAUCAAGGAAGUUUCACCUUCCAGGCCACAUUACACAGCGAUGGACGAAUUGUCUUUGCUUACAAAGAGGUCCCAGUGCAGAUUGCAAAGAUCAGCUCUGUCAAUCAUCCAGUGAAGGUUGGACUGUCUGAUGCCUUUGUGGUGGUCCAUAAGAUUCAGCAGAUCCCCAAUGUGCGGAGGAAGACUAUAUAUGAGUAUCACAGAGUGGAGCUGUUAAAGACCAAAAUUACAAGCAGUACAGCUGUAGAAAUGAUGCCACUAUCCAAUUUUAUAUUAGAGUUUUUAUCAAGUUAUAUGGAAAUCCCGUUCAUUGUUCUAUUCGGGAUUGAUUCUGUGCUGAUAUGUUCCAGUGGAUUUGAUCGCCAUCGGCAGGACUGGGUAGAUAACAGUUGCCCAGAUGAGACUAAGGAUAACACCUGUGACAUCAUCAAUACUACCAAUCUCAAUCUGCUGACCACUGCAUCAGCUGCUAAGAAGACCACAAGAAACAGAGGAACUACUGAGGGUCAAUCUACCCAAGCUCCAUCACACAUGCCCACCAGCAUACCAACAGAAGAUGACACCAAGAUUGCGCUACAUCUCAAAGACAAUGGAGCAGCUGCAGCAAAAAGCACAGCAGAGAACAGAACUCACCCCCUGCACAUGGGGCUGAUUCUUGGGAUGCUCCUGCUUCUGCUCGUGAUGGUGGCUAUCGUCCUGGUGACCGUUUACAUCUACCACCACCCGAGCUCUGCUGCGGGACUCUUCUUCAUUGAGAGACGUCCCAGCCAAUGGCCAGCGAUGAAAUUCCGUCGAGGUUCUGGACAUCCAGCAUACGCAGAGGUGGAGCCGAUGGGUCAAGAAAAAGAAGGCUUUAUUGAAUCAGAGCAGUGCUGAGAUUUGACCUUUGACUUCUUGAGUCACACACAGCCCAGCAACCUUCUUGAUGUCUAGCUACACAUCCACACAUCUCUAAUCAUAAAGUUCCACCAACCCUCCAAAACACUGAUGAAACUGGAAACAGUGAGGGUGUGGUGAUUGAACGGAAGAGGCAUCCAGAAACAAAUGCUUGGAUCUAGUUUUCAACACUUAAAGCAAAACAAUCCACAUUCAGAGGAAACGUUUGUUAAUCAGCUGGAUGAAUAACGGCCCAGCAGCUUCUGCUCGGCUCCUGACAUGGCGCGAGGAACAGCUUUUGUUUGUUGAUUGUACAGGAUGAGGUUUUGACCUUACACCCUCAAAAUCAUCAUUGAACUGAAUGCAGUUUUGUUUGAUCCUCUGAUUUGAUGUGCCUCUCGGAGAAAUUGUUCUUGUCUUGACAGUCUCUGAAAUUCAUUCAGCACAUUCAUUCAGUUUAUGUGUUGGAAAUCUUAUAUAGACCUUUAUAUAUCUUCAAAAGGGUUUUGUAGGGUUUUUAUGUUUUUUUCCUAUUCCUUUAUGACUUCAUCUCUUUGAUUUGAACAGAUGUUUUGGACUAUGUUGGAUGAUUUUAGUUGCUUGUUUGAAUAUAAUUGGAAAAUGUUCUGUGAACAGAUAUGUCAGCAGUAUGGAUUCACUUUUUUUUUUCAUCCAACCAUAUUCCAACAUUUAGGACAUUUUUGCACAUAUCCACUUAACACACAUAUAUUGCU